AUGGCCUCCAUGGCCGGCGCGAGCAGGUCUUCGCAGACACUCGCACGACCUCUUUCCAGAACGGUGAUCUCGCAGGUAGCCUGCUCACGGCAACAGACUCGCUGGAGCUCCCAUGCCCCCUCCUCUCCUGCACUUCUCGCCAGAGGUCAGAAACCGGUAACCAUACAAACUCUACAGAAGAUGUACGCCGAGAAGUCUCCUAUAACUAUGCUCACCGCACAUAACUUUCCCUCGGCCCUCCUGGCACAAGAAGCUGGCAUGGACAUGGUCCUGGUGGGUGACUCCCUGGCUAUGGUGUCUCUCGGUAUGCCAGACACAUCAGAGGUCACACUCGACGAAAUGAUCAUGGCUGCCCGAGCCGUCAGCCGAGCCGUCAACCGAUCCUUCACCGUCGGCGACCUUCCCAUGGGCUCCUACGAAAUCAGCCCCGAGCAAGCCCUCGCCAGCGCCAUCCGCAUGGUCAAAGAAGGUCGAAUGCAGAGUGUCAAGUUGGAAGGCGGUGCUGAGAUGGCGCCUCAGAUCAAGAAGAUCACAACGGCUGGGAUUUCCGUGUGUGCACAUAUCGGUCUGACUCCGCAACGACAACAUGCUCUAGGCGGUUUCCGAGUCCAAGGGAACACCCUGGACAAAGCAAUGUCUUUAUACCGAGACGCCAAAGCCGUUCAAGACGCCGGUGCCUUCAUGGUGGUGCUAGAAUGCGUUCCACCCGACGUUGCUGAGGAGGUCACCAAUGCCCUUGCCAUUCCAACCAUUGGUAUCGGUGCUGGAAACAAGACAAGCGGCCAAGUUCUGGUCCAGAUAGAUAUGCUUGGCGUCCGACCUCCUGACUCAUUCAUGCCGAAAUUCGUCAAGAAGUACGGUUCACUGUGGGAUGCCAGCGUGGCUGCGAUCCAACAAUAUAAGGACGAGGUGACGGAUCGAAGUUACCCCGCUGCGCCUUAUGUGUACAAGGGCGACGCAAAGGUGACUGAGGCAUUCAAGGCGGCGUUGAAAGGGGAGUGA